UGCGAGCGCAGCCAAGAUGUUGACCGCCGCCCGACGAGCUUCCCACCGUGUGGCUGCGUCCAAGGCACCCCGUCGCACCUUCUCGUCCACCACUGCCAUCCCGCAAGACAAGGAGCGUUUGAUCAUCUUUGACACGACCCUGCGCGACGGCGAACAGUCCCCUGGCGCCACGAUGAGCUUCAAGGAAAAACUGCACAUUGCCAAAGGCCUCCACGGGAUGGGCGUUGACGUGUGCGAAGCGGGGUUCCCGAUCGCGUCUCCAGGUGACUUUGACGCGGUGUCCGCGAUCGCCCAAGAAAUCGGGCCGCUGUCUCGUCCUUCGAACCCAGACUUUAUGACGAUUUGUGGGUUGGCACGCGCGACGGCGAAGGACAUUCAGCGGUGCUACGACGCUGUCAAGCACGCACCGAACCACCGCAUUCAUCUGUUCCUUGCCACGUCCGACAUCCACCUCAAGUACAAGCUCAAGAUCUCACGAGACGAAUGCAUUCGUCGUGCCGUCGAGGCAGUGCAAUUUGCCGCGUCGUUGAGUCCACAAGUGGAGUUUUCGCCCGAAGACGCUGGACGGAGCGAUCCGGACUUCCUCUGCGAUGUGCUUGCCGAAGUGAUUGCGGCUGGCGCGACAACGCUCAACAUCCCCGACACCGUCGGAUACACCGUGCCUGACGAGUACGGUGCGUUGAUUGGUUACUUGAUCAAGAACACACGUGGCGCGGACAAGGCCGUGUUUUCAACGCAUUGCCACAAUGACUUGGGGCUCGCGACGGCCAACACGCUGGCGGGUGUGCUGAACGGCGCGCGCCAGGCCGAAGUCACGAUGAAUGGUAUCGGCGAACGCGCCGGGAAUACGUCGCUUGAGGAGCUCGUGAUGACUUUGAAGACUCGUCCGCACUUGUACCCCGUGGCGUCGCACAUCGAAUCGACGCACAUCAUGAAAUGCAGCCGGAUGGUCAGCCACUACACUGGCAUUGCGAUCCAGCCGAACAAGGCGAUUGUGGGCGCCAACGCGUUCGCGCACGAGAGCGGCAUCCAUCAGGACGGCGUGCUCAAACACCAAGCCACGUACGAGAUCAUGCUGCCCGAAUCUGUCGGUCUCACGGAGAAUCGCAUGGUGCUCGGCAAGCACUCGGGGCGCCACGCGUACAGCAAGCGCCUGGCCGAGCUCGGAUAUGCAGACUUGACGACGGAACAGCUCGACCAUUUCGUUGAAAAGUUCAAAGUGUUGGCGGAUGAAAAGAAGUGUGUCACUGACGCCGACAUGGAAGCGAUCGUGAACGACGAUUUGUUCAAGCCCGAGAUCUACUGGACGCUGGACGCGGUCCACGUGACUGCCGGCAACCUCGUCAAACCCACAGCAACCGUCACAGUUACCUUCAAGGACGGGUCGGAGGUGUCGGAGGCGGCCAUGGGCAGCGGCCCCAUCGACGCCAUGUUUUCCGCCAUUGCCCGUGCAACCAGGUGCGGCGAACUCAAGCUCAACGAGUACACGGUCGAAAGCAUCACGGACGGCACGGGCGCCCUCGGCGAAGUCACGGUUCGUGUGAGUGAGUUUGAUACAAACCAAGCCGCCGAUGGGUUGAACCCUCAGACUGGCAUGAGCCGACGACGGCAGUAUGUUGGCCACGGUGCGAACACCGACAUCUUGGUCGCGUCUGCUACUGCGUACGUGAAUGCUGUGAACCGAGUGCUUGGUGCUCGUGAACAAGCGCAAAAGCGACAAGAAGCCAAACGAAUAGCCGCCGAUUCUGCUUUGCCGAUGGUCGAAGGCCAGGGUAUGAUCGCCACCAUGUAAGAAAAUUUUCGUUGUUGUGUGGCAAUUCACCCAACAAGGAGCGCAUUUGUUGCGGGAACUGGUCGAGAUGAAGAGAGGUCGUACAGGAUUUCGUGGUCGUAGUGAUGUGGCCGAUGCGUUUGUCCAGCGAUUGGCAGCGACAUUUGUUGCACCGAGCGGAGGCGAGGACGACAUUGUUGAAUACUCUUGUGGUGCUGUGAUCGAGCGCGGCACUUGCGGACGACAUGGAUGCCAUGAACUGGUUUGUGAAGUGUUCGUACGACGUCAGGCUGUCAACGAAGCAAAGUGAAGCCUUCGCUCAUCUCGCACGUGCGAUUUGUUGUUGGUGGGAUCGAAGUGGGGGGAGACAGAAGGCGCAGCGCCACUUGUGACACUGUGUCGCCUGCCGUACCAUGAACUGGAGAGGAAGCCGCCCAGGGUUGCAACCAAAUCGUAAAAAG